AUGGUCCCUUCAUCCGACCCAGGUGAAGGAAAAAUAGCAAGUGAUAGCCCAACCGCGGCUGCUUGGUUUGCAUCUCAGUCAACAGAAGUAGUAGAAGCUCGCGCUUUGGGUCCCCAGGAUUCAUUUCCCACAGAUGACGAAACGGGACGAAGAUUGGGAACUGCAAACAGUCUUCAAGUUGUCUGUGGGAAGCGAAGAAAAGCGGCUCCCCGUGAUCGCAAUAUUGUGGGUGUGGCGUUGGAUGAAAGAGCUGAAGACUCCAUCUGUGUACAGGCAGACUUCCCAGGUCAGUCAGAAUCCGCAAGUAACAACCUCAAACACGAUUCUGUCUCUGCAUACGCUCCAACAAGCUGCAACAGAGGCACUAUCAAAGGGGCUUCGUACGGAAAAACUCUAAAGACUUCUGCGGAUGAUGAAGUGCGCGGAUAA